AUGCCGUCGUCGAUAGAGAGCGAAACGCGUCGUACGAAGGCGCGUCACCUUCGACGUGAAGCUGCUGCACCGUAUUCUAUGUUGAAGCACGAGAAGGGAAAGGAAAGUGAAGUCUCUGGUCGAGGAACGACGCAUGCACGUGGGGGCGGAUUUUUCUCCCGUCUGGCGACUUAUAUUCCCAUAGUAAACAAAUUAAUACAAGACGAGGACGUUGGAGGGGGAAAAGAUCAAGUGGAAUUGGUUAAUGAGAGCUGUGAUGAGGUCAAGACGACGCAGGAAGAAGAGGACGACGAGGAGGAAGAGCUGGAGGAGGAGGAGAAGAAGAAGGGUGGAGAAGGAGGAGGAGGAGACUUCAUCUGCAGAAAAAGGAGACUCUAG